AUGGGGUCUCCAGGUUUUAUUCCGAAUUCACGAUCCUUUUUGCUGCCAUCUUGGAUUCCUCAUCCCUCAAUCCAGCCUCAUUUUGGACAGUUAGCAAUGACGCCCGCGAUUGGUGGGUUAGCAGCUUCGGAGAUGCUUAUUGGACCGUAUCCGCCUCUAGAACGUGCCGCAUCGGAAUUACAAAGCGAAAGCAAAUAUUCUCCUACAAACUACAAUGAGAUUUCCGCAGAAGACAGGGCGUCACCGUUUUUUCCGCGGAGGAAGAGGCGGGAGCAGCGCGCAAGAAGACAAAGGACUACUUUCAGCAGCGAGCAGACGAUACGUCUCGAGAUGGAGUACAGCCAGGCGGAGUACGUGACGCGGACUCGGCGCGUGGAGCUCGCGCAGCUGCUGACCUUGACCGAGACGCAAAUCAAGAUUUGGUACCAGAAUAGAAGGGCAAAGGACAAACGAAUCGAGAAGGCGCAUUUAGAUCAACAAAUGCGCUACGCUGCAGGAUAUCCUACUAUUGGAUGCGCAUCCGACUGGAGACUAAACGGAUGUAUGUACCAGUCAAAUAUUGGGUGGGAUCCGUGGAUCUCCAGACAGCCUAUUAAAACUCCCGUAACAAAAGACAGCCAAGUCGAAAAAUAAAAGAAAAAGAAAGAAAAAAAGAAAAGAAAAGAGAAAACAACCCCAGAAAAAGCGGAAGGAGAAAAAAUCCCCCCAAACUAACAACGGCAAACGCGUGUGCAGGGGGAAGGUUUCGGGGAUCCAAACCCUUCCCUACUCAAACAUGACUCAAUACCCCCUAUACAUUUCGGUCGCCACAGUCUAAGCCCCUCCCCCGCUAAAAUGCAUGCACACGCGCCUGAACUGAAAAAAAUACGUGUAACUGACUGACGAUUGAUUAAUCAAC